AUGGCAGGAGCCGUGCGCAUUGGGGACCAGCUCAUUCUGGAAGAAGAGUAUAAUGAAUCCUAUGUUCCUAAGGAGCAAGAAAUCCGGGAUUUUGCACCAACAAUCGGGAUUGACCCCGACAAGGAGUCGGAGCUGCUGUGGCUGGCCAGGGAGUGCCUGGUGACCCCGAUGCCUCCAGAGUGGAAGGCCUGCCAAGAUAUCGCAGGUGGUGACAUCUAUUUCUUCAACUUUGAAAAUGGCCUCUCCACGUGGGAGCAUCCCUGUGAUGAGCACUACAAGCAGCUGGUCAUCCGGGAGAGGGAGAAGCUGCUGGCACGGGGCAGCUUGAAGAAGGAAAAGAAGGAGAAGAAGGAGAAGAAGGAAAAGAAGGAGAAGAAAGAGAAGAAGGAAAAGAAGAAGGACAAGAAGGAGAAGCAGUUCCUGAAGCAACUCCCUCCCCCAGGCUCCCAGCUGGCCCCCAUCCAGCCUCCCCUGGGCACCCUCUCUCCUCUCCGUGGCCUCACCCCCUCUUCAUCCGUGGCCCUUCGUGGCUCCGUGGGCAAUGUGGUGGACUCCAGCCUUAUCCCCAAGGAAGGAACUUUGCCUGCAGAGAUCUCGAAGCCCACCAGCCGCACCAAGAACCUGCUGGGUUUGAUCUGUGAAGAGAAAAGUUCCUUGAACGUGGCAGUGCCAGAGAAAUGGAGAGAUGAAGAGGAGGAAAGUGAAAAUGAGAGUUUCCAUGGGACCUCAAGACUGCUAAAAAAUGUGUACCUGGAUGUUGAAGCCCUGGCAGGCAGCUUUGACUUUGAGGAGAACAGCAAGGAGGAGCAGGAGGAGCGUGGCAGCCCAUCAGCUGGUGCUGCUGAUGCUGCUGAAGAUGCUCCCCAGCCCCGCGGGAGCCCUGAGGAGGAAGCUGCCAGCCUGGGAGAGAAGGAGUCUUUAAAAUCAAGACAUCCUGAAGAAGUGCCAGAGUCUUCCUUGGAUUCUGGUGCUGCGUGCCCUCCGUCCCCGGUUCAGAUCCUCCCCGGAGAUGCUGACAGCAGCCUGUCUGCCCAGAACAAGGAGCAGGAACUUGCUGGGGAUGAAGUAGUGGACAAAGAAGAUGCUGAGGUGGAAGGAGAUGCCUCUGCAGCUGAGGAGCUGCCUCAGUCUGAGGGGGGAAGGAGCACAGCAGGGCUGGAUGUGGUGCAGCCCCGAGCUGCCUCUCCAGCUGUGGAAGGGGAUCUGCUGGCCAGCCUGGCUGCCACUGCUGACACUGUGUCCUGUGGAGAAAAGGUGCUGGAUGAAGAGAGGGAAGAAGCAGCAGCUGAUUCAAAAUCAGAGGAUGAUGACAAACUUUCAAAGGCAUCCAGGGCCAGUGGCUGUGAGCAGGACUUGCCUGUGUCCAGGUGCUCCGACCAUGAGGUGGUUCAGCCUGUGGGCUUGGACUUGAAGAACCUGCUCUCCGAGGAGGUUCUGGAUGUGGGGACUGUGUCUCCUGAUUUGGACAGCUCCGAGUGCAAGGCCAAGGAGCUGGGAGAAGAGGAAAAAGACCAAAGCAAAGCCAGUGUAGAGGAGGAGCAAAGGGAAAGAACAAAAGCUGCUGAGAGUGAGAGGGGUCUCACAGCUUGUGAGAUACCAGUGGAGCGCUUUGGGUUAGAAAAUCCCGAUGGGGAGGAGGCUGCGGAGCCAGAGGAGGGAGCCCUGGAUAGCCUGGUGGAUCCCGAGGAGCUUCCUGCCCCACAGAACGUGCAACCUGAGAAGGAAAUUGAGCAGUCCUUGAACCAGCCUAAGGAUGAAUCCCUGGAGGAAAUAGUCAAGGAGGUGGGCACAGAGCUGGAGCAAGAGGAAAUACAUUUAUUUCAAGCAAAAGAGGAGAAAAUUCAGCAAUUCCAAGAGGAGAUGAGGCAGGAGGAGGAGGAAGCUGAAAAGCUUCAUCAGCAAAAAGAAAAAACCCUCAGUGCUCCAGAAGAGGAUUUGGCAAAAUCUGAGCAGGAAGAGGAAGAGUUGCUUGUCAGAGAGGAAAAAGCUGAGAGACUCGAAAAGCUGAGAGCCCACAUUGCCUCAGAGAUCGAGGCAGAGGAGGAGAGGAUGAGGGCAGAGCAGGAGGCCAGGCUGCAGAAGCUGAGAGAAGAGUGGGAAUCCCAGCAGCUGGUGGAGAAGGAGAGCCUGGAGAGGAGGCAGCAGCUUGCCUUGGAGGAAAUGAAGCUGGCAGCCGAGGAAGCCCGGCAGAAGGAGAUGAGUGAGCUGGAACAAGAGAAGGAGCAGUUCCUGAGCGAGCUCAGGGAGAGGUUAGACAGGGAGAAGAAGAAGGCAGCAGAGGAGCUGGAAGAACAGUUUGCCAAUGAACUCCAGCAGCUGAAAUCUGCAGCAGAAGAGAAGCACCGUGAGGUCAUUUCCAGCCUGCAAGCCCAGCUGGCAGAGGCACAGAGCAGCCAGGAGGCCCAGCUGCGUGAGGAGCUGCAGAGAGCGGAUCAGGAAGGGCAGCACAAAGCCCUGAAGGUGAAGGAAUACGAGCGUGAGCUCAGCGAGCUCAUGAGCGACAAACGCCGGGAAGUGGAAAAGGAGCACGAGAGGAGGAUGGAGAGGAUGAGAGAGGAGCACCGGGAGGCCCUGGCAAGGAUCCAGGAGCAGUACCAGGAGGAGGAGAGGAAGCAGAGGUCAGAGCUGCUGGAGGGGCUGCGGAGCGAGGCAGCGCGGCUGCGGCAGCUCCACGACACCGAGGUGAAGGGGCUGCAGGCAGAGCUGGAGGGGAGGCUGAGCGCCCUGCAGCAGAGGCACAGGGAGAAGGAAAGAAAACUCCAGGAUUCAGAGAAGGAGCUUGAAAUCCGCAUGAAAAGCAUCCAAGGCAGAUCAGAGCAGCUCCUCAGCCAGGAGGAGUCCCUGCAAAGGAGAAGGCAGCUGCUGCUGGAUGAGGAGGAACAGAUGCAGCUAGAAAGAAAUGAAGCUGCUCUAGCCUCUCAGCUGCGCCUGGAGGAGAGCAAGAAGGAGCAUUCCAGCCUUGUGGAGUCUGUCAGGCAGCUGAGGAAGACCCUGGAGGAGCUGCAGGACCAGAAGGCUGAGCUAGAGUCCCAGGUGGAUUUGCUGCAGAGCCGGAGCCAGAGGCUGCAGAAACGCAUCGGAGAGCUGGAGAAAGCAAUCAGGAGCAAGCAGGAAGCUCUGAAAGAACUGGAGGCAGAAGAAAGUGUGGAAUCUCCAAGAAAGAAAGCUGAGCUCUGUGUUGAAGACCUGAGAGAAACUCCUCAAGCUCACUCAUCCAGGGAUCCUUCCCCAGCCUCCCAGAGCCCCGAGGAGAACGAGCUCCAGUUUGAUCGGGUCCAGAGCUACAUCUCAGCCGAGGGGCAGUCCCUGAGGAGCGCCAAGGAGUUCCUGCUGCGCCAGAGCCGCUCCCUGCGCCAGCGGCGUUCGGCGCUCAGGGCUGCCAGCCUGCAGUGGCACCAGGACCUGCGCAGGGCCCAGGAGGCUGUGCAGGAUCCCCACAGCUCCCAGCUCCUGCAGGGAAUGCAGCGGAACCUGGAGGAGGAGGCAAAGGAGUUGGACAAGAUGAAGUUGGCCAUGCAGAAAGGACAGGCACUGCUGAAGAAGAAGGAGGAGAAGCUCAGCCAGCUGGAGUCCUCGCUGCUGGAGGAGCUCUCAGACGAGGAUACACUGAAGAGUUCUGCAUGCAAGAAGGUGGUGACCUUUGAUGUGAGCACCUCUGAGGACACAAACAGCACGUCCAGUGUGAAUCCGGGCCAGUCCAGGUUUGACUUGAGAACGGAUUUCUGGCCUGCCCUCCAGCAGGACAAGAUCCAGCACCUGAGGGACUCUGUGCAGAGCAUCACCAGUGAGCUGAACGGGGUCCUGGGGCUCCUGGACUCCCUGAGCCAUCACCAGCCUCCUCUGCUCUCCUCCACACCCCACAAAGGCAUCUCUAUUCCAACAUAUCCAUCUCUGGGAGGUCUGCAGGGGUGCAGCUCCCUGGGGAACCCCCCCAGGGCAUCUCCCCUGGACCAGUGGGCCCGGAGCAGCCGGCCCAGCUCCAGUUAUUCCAUCUCAGGGCAGUCAGUGGACAAGAUGCUGGCAGAGAAAUGGCACAGGUAUUUCCCAGGUGGGUUCUCAUCACUCGGUGGGAGUCCUGUGCCUCUGGACAGCAAGCUGGGAUAUGUCCCUGCUGAUGAACAAGUCCGGCUCUUCCAGUAUUCCAAGUUCACUGAGCCAGAGAAGAGGAAUAUUGAGGGCAUGAUUGAGAGCAACAAGAAAUGGCUGAAAGACUUCAAGGAUUCCAAAGUACCUCUCUCCCCACGGGCACAGAAGCCGCCAGGCAGCAGCCCCAGCCUCCUCCAGCUGGGACUGGAUGAGAACAGAGAGAUCAAGGUGUACCACUACUGA